AUUGGUCUGUUGCGCCUCGUCGCCAUCUUCGAUUGCAUACGCCCAGGAUCAGAAUUUCGGGUCACCCACAAACUUGCCCAAAGUAACGCGCAUUAACGAGGUGUGCAUUAAUUUAACCAAUUUUAAAAAUGGCCGCGUACCAAGGACCAGCCUAUGGACUUAGCAGGGAAUGUUUCCUCAAGGCACAAGCAAAGUUCGAUAUGAACCGAGCUAUUGAAGCGCUCGAAUGGAUUAAGGCUGUGACGAAGAUGCCUCUAGAGCCGCAAAACCCAGCCAAGGGAUACCAAGAUCAACUGGAUUUCGCAGAUGUGCUCAAAGACGGGAUUACCCUUUGCACACUGAUUAACAUUCUACAACCAGGUUCAGUUACCAAAAUAAACACUAUGCAAGCACCUUUCAAACAGAGGGAGAACCUAGAAGUCUUCCUUCGAGCAUGUGAGAAAUACGGACUAAAAUCACAUGACCUGUUUCAAGUAAAUGACCUCUACGAAAGGAAAAACCUGUACAUGGUGGUGAAUUGCAUGUUCGCGCUAGGGGGAUUGGCACAGAAAAAAGGAUUUGACGGGCCGACGAUUGGGGUGAAAGUUGCAGACGAGAACAAGCGGUUAUUCCCGAAGGAGAAGCUCGAGAUGGGCAAAACUAUCAUCGGCCUUCAAUCAGGAACAAACAAAGGUGCGUCGCAAGCUGGUAUGACACCAUAUGGAGCGUCCAGACAAAUCCUUCCAGACGGCAGAUAGGGGUCAUCGUCACACUUGUCAUCUCUGACCUGCAGGCCAUAUUUCAUCCCGAGGAAUCGGGCCGAUGCCAUGCAUUUAUAACGUUCCGGUGAUGUUACCGUCAUGCGUAUGUGCUUUGUAGGGAAACGUGUUUAGUCAAUAUUGCAAAGUAUUGACAGAGUGGUGCCUUUUGUGCUGUCCACUUUCCGUGCCUUAUGUUAUAAGAGACUGUAACAGCGUUGCCAUAUGAGCUGCUGCUUCUGGUUUAAACUGUACAAAUGCCAAAAAGCAACUUAGCAGCACUGUGUGAUCAAGUGGACCUAUGUCAUUUCGGGACAUUGUUGGCCUAAAGUGUAAAGCCAGUCAAUGUAGGUGCACUGAAAUAAAAUAAAAGUAUUAUGUGAACGUGAA